AUGGUCAGGAAGCUCCGUGCAAAGGUGGACCCGAUCGCCGGUGCCUUGCCCAAAACUUACCUCGACGCAGGUCCCGCCGCCGCCACAGCAUACGUCUAUCAUGCGCUCGAACACGACCUCGACAGCACAGACCGCUUCCAGCUCUACCAGUACACCGUCUCUUUCUUCCUCCGUCACGAUCAAGUCGCUCGAGCCACCCUGCUCUAUGCCCGCAUGGUACGCGACGGCUACCUUCCCUCCGUCUCCCUCCGCACCCAGAUGCGCGUCAUCAGAGAGGCAGAGUCCCUCACUCCUGACGAGCACGAACAAGUACUCCUCCCCAUCAUCGGUCACGCAUUCGACAACAAAUCCUACGACGACGACGCUCUCGCAGACCUCCUCCAGCUCCUCGCAGAAGGCGUGCGCGUUCCUCCGUCAUUCAUUGACCGCGUCGUCCACCUCUUCCUCUCCAAACGCGACCCCGGCUUCCAGCUCUCUGCGCAUACACUCAGCUGUAUAGUACGCCUCCACGCUCGCGCAGGCGACAAAGAAGGCGCCGCACGGUGGUCCUCCGAGCGGCUUCCCCCGCUCCCUCAGUCUUCCUCUCCCCGCGGCUUCAUCAACCCCGCCCCUUACACCACCCUCCUCCGCGACCUCGCCCACGCCAAUCCCGACGACGACCUCUACAACUGGGCCCUCUCCGAGAUCGAAUCCCCCAACCCCUCCAUCCGCGUCGACCUCCCCUUCCUCAACGCCGUCCUCGCCCACGCCUUCGGCCAACGGCACUUCGACGCCCUCUUCUCCCUCUACGCCCACAUGGUCGAGCAGCGCACGCCCGCCCUCACCCCGGACGGACACACCUUCUCCACCAUCUUCCGCGCCGUCCACCAAACGACCUGCAAGUUCUCCCGCCGGUCGAAGCGCACGCGCGGCAUGAAGCCCCCCGAGAACGUCCCCGCCCCGCGCGCCGUCUUCCGCGACAUGCUCACCUGCCUCGCCGCGCGCACCGCGCCUGCCCCCACCCCCGUCCUCGACGCCCUCGCGCUGCGCAAGGCCCUGCGCGCCUUCAUGGGCCAGUACGACUACCCCGCCGCGCUCGUCGCCGUGCGCCUCCUCCGCACACACGCCGCGCUCGUCGGCCCGCCCACGCUCCCCCUCUACCGCGUCGUCGUCAACGCGCUCCUCGGGCGCGUCAAGGUCCACCUCCCGCGCAUCGCGCUCCGCCCCGACCCCCAGCGCGUCUGGACGUACCGCUUCCUCGGCCUCGGCGACCUCCCCCCGCACCUCCGCACGCGGCCCCAGUUCGACAUGGCGAUGGUGCACCGCGUCCUGCUCGCCGGCGUCCGCUCGCCCGCCGGCCUCGGCUGGAUCCCCGCCCCGGACUACGCCGCGCGGCGCGAGAUCCCGCUCGAGGGCCUCGGCGGGCGCGCGCAGCGCGAGCUGCAGGUCCCGGACCAGGGCGUGUUCGAGGCGAACGGGAUGCCGACCGCGCUGCAGCUCGUGGGGCUCGAGUAUGUCGAGGAGGACAGGCCGUUCGCCGUCGCGCCGCUCGAGCGCCUCCUCACGAGGGCCAUGCUCGCUUCGGCGGACAUGCAGGAUCCGGAGGGGUUCCUGUCGCAGACGGCGGCCGAGGCUGUUGCGCAGGCGACGCUGGAGAUGGUUCCGAGGCCUGAGGACUUGCGUAAGGAGUCGGCGAUGCCUUUGGUGAAUUCGUAA